CUUGUUCGAAGCAUCUACUUUAAGUUUAAAAUAACGCAGAAAAAUAAUAAAAUCAAAAGAAAAACGAAAGAUACAUUUAAAAUUAUAAAAAAAGAAAAGAAAAACAACAGUAACAACAAUAAUAAUAAAAAUAAUAAAAAAAGAAAAACAACUUUAUAGAGUGAAACUUUUUUUCUCAGUUGAUUUGUUUUCAAAAAAAAAAUUAAAAAUUAUUAUAAAAAUUAAAAAAAUUUAAGUAAUGGCUCACAUUAAAUAUUAUAAAAAAAGUUAAAAAAAUUGUGUGUGCAUUUUAUUUAUGUUCAUCCAAAACUUCGGACGUUACGGUAUAAAUUAAGGAUCUUUAAAACUAUCUCCCUAUCUACUUUUUUUCACACACCCCCCUCUUAAAACCACAACACACAUACACACACAAUGGGACGACAACAUAGGCAUAGAUCAAAUUGGCUGGCGUUAUUUUGUUUAGUGUUAACCCUAAAAAAUGCCUACUGCGAAGGACCACAUGUGGAUUCAGCAUCUCUGCCUUUAGAACACAGAUCGGUAUAUGGACCACCUGCGCCAUCGCCAGUAUAUGGCUCACCACAGACAGCAUUAGCGGCAGGACCUAGCAACGAUAUCUCAGAUGAAGCCUGGCCUUUGGCGUCUACGAAUGACAGUCCCCAGAUCAAACACUUGCAAGUGCAGUGCGAGAAGACCCACAUGCGUGUGAAUAUUGAAUUUGAUCGUCCCUUCUACGGUAUGAUCUUCUCGAAGGGCUUCUACAGUGAUCCUCAUUGUGUGCACUUGAAACCCGGUACCGGUCAUUUAAGUGCUACUUUUGAAAUAUUCCUUAACAGUUGUGGCAUGACUAGCUCGGCGAAUCAUAAUGCUGCUGGUUAUGGUGCUCCCACACCAUCGGGUAGUUAUGUCGAGAAUACCAUUAUUAUUCAGUACGAUCCUUAUGUUCAGGAAGUUUGGGAUCAAGCUCGUAAAUUGCGUUGUACUUGGUAUGAUUUCUAUGAAAAGGCUGUGACUUUCCGUCCCUUCCAAGUCGAUAUGUUGCAUGCAGUAACGGCUAAUUUCUUGGGUGAUAAUCUCCAAUGCUGGAUGCAAAUUCAAGUCGGUAAAGGUCCUUGGGCCUCUGAGGUUUCAGGUAUUGUUAAGAUUGGUCAAACUAUGACCAUGGUCUUGGCUAUUAAGGAUGAUGAGAACAAAUUCGAUAUGUUAGUGCGCAACUGUGUGGCUCAUGAUGGCAAACGUGCUCCUAUACAAUUGGUAGAUCAGAAUGGUUGCGUCGUUAGACCAAAGAUUAUGAGUAAAUUCCAAAAGAUAAAGAACUUUGGACCUUCUGCUUCUGUGGUUAGCUUUGCCUACUUCCAGGCCUUUAAGUUCCCCGAUUCUAUGAAUGUUCACUUCCAAUGUGUAAUCCAAGUGUGUCGCUACAAUUGUCCAGAACCUAAGUGCGGUCCCAGUCUAGGUGGUGCUGAUUAUGGUGUUCCUCAAAUCGGCGGCAAUGCCUUGUCUUCGGAAUACGGUCCUCCUGAGGCUUAUGAACGUGGAGAUUUCGGUUUAGGUGGCAUACCACCAGCAGCCUACCCCGAUCCCAGACAUCCAGCGGCCGACACCACCGGUGCCUAUUCUGAAAAUCAACCCGAUGUUGUUCCCUCACCACAAGCCCAAACUGCUGGUGCCGAAUCUGGUCCUUCCAGUUCUCAGUCGCCCGCCCAAAACAUCAAUGAAUUGCACAUGCCACCACCCCCACUACCCGGUCAACCUGGUCAAUACAACACAGUUAAACGUAAAGAUGAUAUGGAAGGUGGAAACUUAGUUUCUCUAGGUGGCCGUCCUCGUUCCGUAGAGGGUCUUGAUGAUUUGCGUGGUGUGCGCAGACGUCGUGAUACCAUCGAUAUUAUGGUUAAGCCUCGUAUCUAUAAACGUGAUGCCCAAGAAAUGACUGAUGUCAAUACGAGUCGCAUUAUUCAAGUCGUAGCUCCCGGUGAUGUUAACUUUGCUCUUAACAGCAAUGCCAACAAUGAAACCGUGGUCAUACAAUCGGCUCGCAAUGCUGAUCCCGAAACGAUUUGUAUGUCUGUGCCCAGUUUCGUAGGUGGUCUUGUUAUGCUUUUACUUGUUUUGGCUGUUGCCUCCCUAGUCGCCGCCUUCUUAUUCGUACGCGUACGGCAUUUCGAUCGUAAAGGAGCUCCCAUGGGUUAUCAUAACUAAUAGUCCUCAUAGUUAGUUGUGUUAACGCCUCAAACUCCUUUUCACAUCUCAAGCCUCACUUCACCAAUAAACAGUAUCGAUACCAAUAACGAAAACGAAACGAAAGACGUUUUCUACGUUGCACAUUUAUCCAAAUCUGUGUUUUUUCAUACGUUUAACAUUAAUUAAUUUAUUUAUUUAUUAGCAUCCACCACCCUACUCCACCUUCCGCCUUUACGUUGUUAUACAUUUCAUUUCCGUUUAACAAUCUAUUUAAAUCCAUUUUACCUCUAAUUAAUAAAACCACUUAAGUAAAAUCCUUUUUGUCAACUUUAAAUUCAUGUAAAAGGAUUUCUUUGAUUAUUUAUGUAUGUUUGUAAUUUAUUUAUUAUUUAAUUUAUUAUUAUUUUUGUAUUAUUUAUUUCCGUUCUGAUUUUUUUUUUAUUUAUUUAAGUAAGUUUCGAAAAUUUUAACGAAUAAAACAAAUAAAAAAACGAAAUUAUAUAAAAAUAU